CGUCGCAGCCUCUUCUCCACGUCCUCGCCCGCCUCCUGCGUCCCGCGGCCAUGGCGGAGCUGGAGCUGGGGCAGCACUGCGGGGUGUCCGACUGCCGCCAGCUCGAUUUUCUUCCCUUUAUAUGUGAUGGCUGUUCAGGUGUCUUUUGCCUUCAGCACAGGAGCCGAGAUGCUCAUGGAUGUUCUGAGGUGAAUAUAAGAAACAAUUCUAUGAAACCUGAUCAGCACAAGUCUUACCCGUGCUCAUACAAGGACUGCAAUGGAAAGGAGCUUUUGCCAGUUUUAUGUCCCUACUGUGAAAAACAUUUUUGUCUAAGACAUCGCCAUCAAUCAGACCAUGAAUGUGAAAAGCUGGACACGCCAAAACCUCGAAUGGCUGCUACCCAGCAGCUAGUUAAACAUAUUAUAGAUUCUAAAAAAAGUGAGGAAGCAAAAAGCAAAAAACGCAAAGGAGCAAAAAACAGUGAGACUGCAGCAAAAGUGGCAUUAAUGAAACUGAAAAUGCACGCAUGUGGGGACAAGUCCUUGCCUCAGACAGAAAGAAUUUAUUUUCAAGUAUUUUUACCAAAGGGGAACAAAGAGAAAAGCAAACCUAUGUUCUUUUGCAGUAAGUGGAGUGUUGGCAAAGUAGUAGAUUUUGCAGCUUCCUUAGCAAGCCUUAAAAAUGACAACAACAAAUCAACAUCCCAGAAAUUGAGAUUAUGCCAUACUGUCUCUGGAGAAGCCUUGCCAUUUGAACAUACACUGGAAACAUGGCUAUCUGAUAAAGACUAUCCACUGUACAAUGGAGGAAAUAUAAUUCUGGAAUAUCUUGAUAAUGAUGUUCUAUUUAUAGAAGAUACAGAGUCAUACUUUAGUUAGUAAAUUAUCACAAAAAAAAAAAGAUUUUUCAGAAGCAUGGUAUUUGAGCAAGUCCAGUUUUCUUUUAAAAUCACUGGUGUGCCAGAAUCUCUCCUCAGUUUUGAAGACACAGUUCCCAUCAAUUUCUAAGUUGCUUGACUGACAGAAGAACAAAAUCCUGAAAGGAAAAUUAGUUAUUAUAAUAACUGAUAUUACAGAUAUUUACAUUCUAGAAUAACUUCUUGCUCUAUUGAGCUGUAAAAUAUCAAGAAUGUUUUCUUAAUUUUUAUAUUUAUUUUUUAUAAAUGGUGGGGACAGUAUGUAUUAAUAAAUAAUGUAAAUGUAAACUUGCAGUGUACCAGUUCUUUGAAGGAAAGAAACACAUUACACUAUUGCAGCAUCUUUUCUAUGGCUACAAGAACAGAUUUCAUUGAGUUUGAAAACCAGCACUGUCCAUAUGAUAGGUCCACACUUUCUUCUCAUAAUAGCUUAACGAUGUUUAGAAGGAAAGCUUUCUGAAGCAAGAGUAAAUCCACACAGAUGUCUUCCUUGUGUUUGCAAAUCUCAUUGUGUGAUUAGGCGGGGAAUAAAAAGAGAACGUGAAAUUAUCCUUUUCUAAUUCCUGUGUAAAAGAGGAAUAAAUAUGGUCAGAGAGGAAGAAAUAUAAUUUAACUAGAAGUGUAGCAUUUAACAGCUUGGAAUAUCAUCUGGGCACUUCCAACCGUAGGUAAAUCCUCUUCAGUAGUCAGCAAGGUGAUUUACUAAGUUUUAAAGUGGUUAUUUACAGUGAUUGUACAUAAAGAAGUUACACCUCUGGGUAAAUAAGAAUGACCUACACAAUUAAUGACUUUCUCAGUUGUUGGUGUCCUGUUUGUUGCUCAUUAAGAAGGUAGUUCAUAAUAUCAGUAGUUGAUGUACUCCAGAUUUUGGAUCUCUUUCAAAGCUGGAUUGAAAAUUCAAAGUGAACAUAGGAAGUAAGAACCAUGAGAUCAUUUUUAUCACAGUCACAGCUGUUUUGAAUUGCUGAAACACAAAACCACAUAAUGUGGCACACAAAUAGUAGCACUCUUCUAACUGUAAGUCCUGAUGUAUAACCAAGGAGCCUUGCUUUAUCUUUCUGAACAGACCUGUUGCAACAUAAACUCAUCCUCCGGUGGCCUUGAGCCUAUCUCUGUUUAAGCUAGAGGACUAGAAUCCUUUCAAGACUAAUCCUCCCAAUUUGCUUUCACCUGUUUACAACUAUUCUGUCAAUAUUCUCCAAGAAAAUGACAGUGGAUGAACAGAUGUGAACAGAGCAGUGGAAAGCACAAGCCUAAGCUUUAUUUGCAAAGCUGUAGUGUAUUUCUCCUGCUCUGUGGGGCUGUGCAGAGUGGAAGAACUACUGAAGCAAACCUAUUCAUCGGAUACUAAAGAGGCUUAGCAAGAUUUUCAGCUGCAGCAUAGAAGGUGUGAUCCAUUGCUACUGAAAUGACCUAGUGGCUUGUGAUUAGAGCACAGUAUUCAGACCAAGGGGUAGAAAUCUCUGUCUUCCGCAGCCUGACUCACUGCUAGAUCAGCGUGACUCACCUUUAAAUAAGUUUGAAAAGGGAAGAGCUACCUUUCUUUUUCAGACAAUGGGGCACUUUCUUUCAGGGGACUAUCUUCGUGUGCUAUUCUCAUGUUUGUAAGGAUGUUCCAGAUUCUACGUGCACCAUGACUGAAUGUACUCAGUGACACCUGGAGGUGUAACUGGGCCACAGGGAGAUGAAUGUCUACAUUGUUCAA